ACACAAUAAGUUCCUUAUUUUGCCGCACAUUUUGUGAUCUUAAGCAAUAUUAGAAAACAAAAUAGUUAUUGUUGUUUUUUUCUUACAAAAUAAAAUUAGUUUUAUUUAAAUCAAUUUCGUUUUGGAAAUUUUUUGAAUAGAAAAUGGCAAAUAUUUCAUUAAGUGAAGCGGAGAAAACUUUUAUACUACACGGCGUGGAGGAAGACUUUCGUUGCGAUGGGCGAUCACGACGAGACUAUCGUCCAAUGGAACUGGAAACCGAUUUGGUUAGUAAUGCCAGCGGUUCUGCCAGAUUACGUUUGGCAAACACCGAUGUAUUAGUUGGAAUUAAAACCGAAAUUGAUAAACCAAAUUAUUUAACACCAGACCAAGGAAAAAUAGAGUUUUUCGUUGAUUGUUCAGCAAACGCUGCACCGGAAUUUGAAGGACGAGGUGGUGAGGAAUUGGCUUUAGAAUUAGCCGAUACCUUAACAAAUGCAUAUGAGUCUCCAAAAGCAUUUGAUUUGAAAACCCUUUGUAUAUUACCGGGUCAACAAUGCUGGAAACUUUUCGUCGACAUUUUGAUUUUAGAAUGUGGAGGAAACUUGUUCGAUGCAGUUUCUUUAGCAGCGAAGGCAGCUUUAUUUAAUACAAAAAUACCACGUGUGACGGCGGCCCUUAUGGAUGCCGGCGAAGCCGAAUUAUUGAUAUCGGAUGAUCCAUAUGAUUGUACGCGUAUUCAGAUUGAAAACUUGCCUAUUCUUGUAACAGUGUGCAAAAUUGGCGAUUCGUGUGUUGUAGAUCCCUCAGCAGAGGAGGAAGAAUGUAGCAUAGCAAGUGCUGUAGUCGGUGUUUCAAAAAGAAAUGGAAAAAAUUAUAUAUCUAACGUACAUACAAUUGGGGAAGGUUCUUUGCACAAGGAUACCAUGCAUAAUUGCAUAUUAUUGGGCCUGUCAGCAGCUGAAAACUUAAAUAACGAGUUGGUGAAAGCAUUGAAACUCGAAGAAAGCCGCGUAGGUUCUAAACACCGAAAUACCAUAGGUUUUCUUAAAUAAAAUUGCAAAAAUAUAAACCCAAGUACGCCGAUAAUUUAUUUGAGGCUUUUAAUACUUCUAUAAACUUUGCAUAAUCAUUUUAUAAUGGUUAAUUAGGUUUAAUAUAAUAAAGCAUACUUAGUUUA